UUGUUUUUUCCAAAAUUUCCAAACAAUUUUUCCGUGUUCAUUUGUCUUAAUUGUUACUCAUUCUUUCUUUCUUUCUUUCUUUCUUUCUUUCUUUUUUUUCUUUCUUUCUUUUUCUUUCUUUCUUUCUUUUUUCUUUCUUUCUUUCUUUCUUUCUUUUUUUUUUUUUCCUUUUUUCUUUCUUUCUUUUUUUUCUUUCUUUCUUUCUUUCUUUCUUUCUUUCUUUCUUUUCUUUCUUUCUUUCUUUCUUUCCUUCUUUCUUUCUUUCUUUCUUUUUCUUUCUUUUUUCUUUUCUUUCUUUCUUUCUUUCUUUCUUUCUUUCUUUUUCUUUCUUUCUUUCUUUCUUUCUUUCUUUCUUUCUUUCUCAUAGAGUUUAGUCAAGCUUUUGGAUUUGUCUGUUUAUUAAGCAUUGUUAUUUUUUUAAAUUCCAUGACAACCGUCCUUACUUACUUAUUUAUUUACUUUCUUUCCUUUCUUCCUUUCUUCCUUUCUUCCUUCAUUCAUUCAUUCAUUCAUUCAUUCAUUCAUUCAUUACUUCCAUCAUUUCUUUCUUUCCUUCCCUCCUUCUUUCAUUCUUUUCUUUCAUUACUUCCUCCUUUUUUCCUUCCUUACUUAAUCCCUUCUUCCGUUCUUCAUUCCUUCCUUCCUUGCCCUUUCCUACCUCUAUCCAUUCCUUCGUCUUUACCUUACACUUUCCUUCCUCCCACCUAUACUUACUUACUCCCACUCUUCCUUCCUUCAUACCUUUUUUAUUUCCUUCCUCCCUCACCAUCACAUCCUUCUUUCUUUCCUUCCUUGUUUCUUACCUUCCGCUCUUCUUUUCAACCAUCUUUCCUUUUUUUUCUUUCUGCCCUCCCUUCAUAUCUUCAUUCCUUUCACACUUUCUGCCUAGUCCAACCAUUACUUCCGCAUUUCCUUCAUUCCUCCCACACCAUCACUUUCUUCCUUUACUUCUUCCAUUCCGCUCUCCCUUCCACACUUUCUUCCUUUUUUCCAUCCCCUCUUCCCUUCCUUCAUCCUCCAUCUCUUUCUCCCUCCUUCCCCUCUUUCCUUCCUACAUACUCCAUCUCUUUCUCCCUCCUUCCCCUCUUUCCUUCCUACAUACUCCAUCUCUUUCUCCUUCCUUCCCCUCUUUCCUUCCUUCAUUCUCUAUCUCUUUCUCCCUCCUUCCCCUAUUUCCUUCCUUUAUCCUCCAUCUCUUUCCCCCUCCUUCCCUUCUUUCCUUCCUUCAUCCAUCUCUUCAUCCUUCCCCUCUUAACUUCCUUCAUCCUCUAUCUCUUUCUCCCUCCUUCCCCUCUUUCCUUCCUUCAUCCCCCAUCUCUUUCUCCCUCCUUCCCCUCGUUCCCUCCUUUAUCCUCCAUCUCUUUCUCCCUCCUUCCCCUAUUUCCUUCCUUUAUCCUCCAUCUCUUUCUCCCUUCUUCCCCUCUUUCCUUCCUUCAUCCUCCAUCUCUUUCUCCCUUCUUCCCCUCUUUCAUUCCUUCAUACUCCAUCCCUUUCUCCCUCCUUCCCCCCUUUCCUUCUUUCAUCGUCUAUCUCUUUCUCCCUCCUUCCCCUCUUUGCUUCCUUCAUUCUCAAUCAUUCUCCUCCUUCCCCUCUUUCCUUCCUUCAUCCUCCAUCUCUUUCUCCCUCCUAUCCCUCUUUCCUUCCUUUAUCCUCUAUCUCUUUCUCCCUCCUUCCCCUCUUUCCUUCCUUCAUCCUCCAUCAAUUCUUCCCUCCUUCCCCUCUUUCAAUCAUUCAUCCUCCAUCUCUUCUUCCUUCCUUCCACUCUUUCCUUCCUUCAUCCUCCAUCUCUUUCUCCCUCCUUCCCCUCUUUCCUUCCUUCAUCCUCCAUCUUUCUCCGUUUCUUCCCCUCUUUCCGUCGUUCAUUCUCCAUCUCUUCUCCCUCCUACAACUCUUUCUUUUCUUUAUCCUCCAUCUCUUUCUCUAUCCUUCCCCUCUUUCCUUCCUUCAUCCUCCAUCUCUUUCUCCCUCCUUCCCCAUUUUCCUUCCUUUAUCCUCCAUCUCUUUCUCCCUCCUUCCCUUUUUUCCUUCCUUUAUCCUCCAUCUAUUUCUCCCUCUUUCCUUCCUUUAUCCUCCAUCUCUUUCUCCCUCCUUCCCCUUUUUCCUUCCUUUAUCCUCCAUCUAUUUCUCCCUCUUUCCUUCCGUUAUCCUCCUCCAUCUCUUUCUCUCCCUUCCCUCUUUCCUUCCUUUAUCCUCCAUCUAUUUCUCCCUCUUUCCUUCCUUUAUCCUCCAUCUCUUUCUCUCUCCUUCCCCUCUUUCCUUCCUUUAUCCUCCAUCUCUUUCUCCCUCUUUCCUUCCUUUAUCCUCCAUCUCUUUCUCUCUCCUUCCUCUCUUUCCUUCCUUUAUCCUCCAUCUCUUUCUCCCUUCUUCCCCUCUUUCUUUCCUACACCCUCCAUCUCUUUCUCCAUCCUACCCCUCUUUCCUUCCCUUAUCCUCCAUCUCUUUCUCCCUUCAUCCCCUCUUUCCUUCCUUCAUCCCCCAUCUCUUUCUCCCUCCUUCCCCUCGUUCCCUCCUUCAUUCUCCAUCUCUUUCUCCAUCCUACCCCUCUUUCCUUCCUUUAUCCUAUAUCUCUUUCUCCCUCCUUCCCGUCUUUCCUUCCUUCAUCCUCCAUCUCUUUCUCCCUUCUUCCCCUCUUUCCUUCCUUCAUCCUCCAUCUCUUUCUCCAUCCUACCCCUCUUUACUUCCCUUAACCUCGAUCUCUUUCUCCCUCCAUCCCCUCUUUCCUUCCUUCAUCCUCGAUCUCUUUCUCCCUCCUUCCCCUCUUUCCUUCCUUCAUCGUCCAUUUCUUUCUCCCUCCUUCCCCUCUUUCUUUCAUUCUCCAUCUCUUUCUCCCUUCUUCCCCUCUUUCCUUCCCUUAUCCUCCGUCUCUUUCUCCCUCCAUCCCCUCUUUCCUUCAUUCUCCAUCUCUUUCUCCCUUCUUCCCCUUUUUUCUUCCUCCAUCCUCCAUCUCUUUCUCUAUCCUUCCCUUCUUUCGUUCCUUCAUCUUCCAUCUCUUUCUCCCUCCUACCCCUCUUUCUUUUCUUCCUUCCUUCCUUUGUGCCUCUUUUCUUUUCCUUUCCUUCCUUCCCUUAUCCCACCAUUCCUUUCUCUGUGCGUUCAUUUCUACCUUCCUUCCUCCUUUAUUUCCUCCCUCCCUUUCGUGACUCCUUCAUUCCUCCCUCCCUCCCUUCCACCCUUUCUUUCUUCCUUCCAAUCCUCUAA